GACCUUAACAGCUAGUCUAUACUGUAGAAGAGAAUGAUUGGCGGAAAUUAGAUGUCAGCGCAUUAAUGUAGCUGGUUUUAUGUAGCCUAUAUCCAAUUCUGAAUAGGUUUCCUCCCUAGACUGGUUGAUCCCAGUCGGUCAUAGUGUGUGCUGUGUUUGUGCCGUUCAACUGCAGAGCUACGGAUCUGGCGUAGAGGUGCAGUUUAUGCUGGACCGCUAGUUGCGGCGUUUUUUCCCCUUUCAAGCGCACUCGCGUGCUCUGCCUGCGAAGAUGGGAGGACGAUUUUCUUCAUUUUGGCCCGUUUUCCAUUUUUCCGAAUUGUAAUUAACAUUCUUCGUCAAAUUGUCUGCACCUUGAGUGAGAGUCAGGGGCGAGGCUUGGGUCCCGGUCUACUGUGUCGGGUGAUGGAGCAGCCCUGUGUCGUGUGCUGUGGAGUAGGGCGCUGGGUGGCACAAGCCCCUGCAGAAGAGCCAGGGACACACAAGAUGUAACAAAACUGGAGAAGCACCUCUCAGAUCCAGAAAAACUGAAAAAUAAACAUCUGUGUAUACAUCACCUUUUUUAUUAAUAUAUGACAUUGUCAUCAAACAACAAAAAUCUUUGUAUACAACGCAAGAAAAAGAACAUUACAAAUCAUCAAGGUAUCAAAGGAAGAAAGAAAUGAAAGUAUUUGAAAUGAAAUGUUAAAAAAUACAAGAACCUUUUGUCCUGUUUUCAUACUUUUUUCAAAGAGGUACAGCCAAUAAGUACAGAAAUCACAUAAAUGACAAGAUAAAAAAGAAACUGGAAGAAAACAGACCAUUCUGCCUGGAAUAAACCAAUCAACACACUCAGAAGAAAGGGGAGGGUCAUGACCCAGUUGCCAUGCAUGUCGCCACGGUGACCGGCCUCCCCAACCCCUCCCCCCUCCUUCUCUUAUUGGUUCAGCUGCUUUUGUGGCUCCUCCCCGCUGGGCCUGAGUUGGCAGGGGCUGCCUCUUCUUGCCCUGCCCUCUGCAGCUGUUCCAAUCAGGCAAGCAGAGUCAUCUGUACAAGGAGAAACUUGGAGGAGGUGCCUGAAAGUAUAUCUGUCAACACACGAUACCUCAACCUACAGGAAAAUUCAAUACAGGUGAUUAAGUCUGAUACUUUCAAGCGCUUGCAGCAUCUGGAAAUCUUGCAGCUCUCCAAAAACCACAUCCGUCAGAUCGAAGUUGGGGCAUUCAAUGGCCUGCCUAACCUCAACACACUGGAGCUCUUUGACAACCGCCUCACGCUGGUCCCCUCCCAGGCCUUUGAGUAUCUCAGCAAACUGCGGGAGCUGUGGCUGCGCAACAACCCCAUCGAGACCCUGCCUGCCUAUGCCUUCCACCGCGUGCCCUCUUUGCGGCGGUUGGACCUGGGGGAACUCAAGAAGCUGGAUUACAUCUCUGAGGCUGCCUUCGAGGGCCUCAUCAACCUGCGCUACCUGAACCUGGGCAUGUGCGUACUCAAGGAUAUCCCCAACCUCACACCCCUGGUGCGACUGGAGGAGCUCGAGCUCUCUGGGAAUCGGCUGGAGAUCAUCCGACCAGGGUCCUUCCAGGGCCUGGUGUCGCUCCGCAAGCUCUGGCUCAUGCACUCUCAAGUGUCAGUCAUUGAGCGGAAUGCCUUUGAUGAUCUCAAGAACCUGGAGGAGCUGAACCUGUCUCACAACUCCCUCCACUCUCUCCCUCAUGACCUCUUCACUCCUCUGCACCAGCUGGAGAGGGUCCACCUCAACCACAAUCCUUGGGUGUGUAACUGUGAUGUGCUGUGGCUCAGCUGGUGGCUGAAGGAGACUGUGCCCAGUAACACCACCUGCUGUGCCCGCUGCCAUGCUCCUCCUGGUCUCAAAGGCAGGUACAUUGGUGAGCUGGAUCAGAGUCACUUCACCUGCUAUGCCCCUGUGAUUGUGGAGCCACCGACCGACCUGAAUGUCACCGAGGGAAUGGCUGCUGAGCUGAAAUGUAGAACGGGCACUUCGAUGACCUCAGUCAACUGGCUCACCCCAAAUGGCACACUCAUGACCCAUGGGUCCUACAGAGUCCGAAUCUCAGUCCUGCAUGAUGGCACAUUGAAUUUCACCAAUGUCACAGUACAGGAUACAGGCCAGUACACCUGCAUGGUGACUAACUCGGCUGGCAACACCACAGCGACAGCCGUGCUCAACGUGUCGGCCUCUGAUGUCAGUAACAGCUACAGCUAUUUCACCACUGUCACGGUGGAAACUGUCGAAACAGGCCAAGAGGAGAAUUCUGCCCGACAGUACAUAAAUGAAACCUUUGUGGGUUUUUCAGGUCCUACUAGCCCAGGGGAGGUUUGGGUCACAACCUUGGCCACUACAUCGUCCUCUGUUUCUUCAUCGUCCUCUUCUGCCAGAACAACCAAGCCAUCAGAAAGGGCAUUCACGGUUCCAAUAACAGAUGUCACCAACAUGUCUGGUCUGGAUGAUGUGAUGAAGACUACAAAAAUCAUCAUCGGCUGUUUUGUGGCCAUCACGUUCAUGGCGGCAGUGAUGCUGGUGGUCUUCUACAAGUUGAGGAAGCAGCAUCAGCUGCACAAACACCAUGGCCCGGCACGUGCUAUCGAGAUUAUCAAUGUUGAGGAUGAGAUUGGAGCUGGAGGGGCAAGUGGAGUAGGAGGAGGGAGUGGAAUUUCUGGAGGAUCCACUAUGCAUUCUGGAGGUGGUGGAGUCAGUGGUGGAGGGCAGAGUUUAAGAUUGCACCAUCCGGAAAUUGUCAACCUUCCAAAUCUAGCGAGAGCAGAGCAUCUUAACCAUUAUUACAAGGCACAUCAUUUUAACAACAAUGUGAUGGGCAUGGGUAUUGGGACUGGGGCUGGUGUAGGAGGUGGUGGGGUUCUCAACAAUAACAACAACCCAUCCCCCCAUUCGCAGCCCUCCCUGGCUACUCCCAUUUCCUGCACACAAGUUCCUGUCUCUUCAUCCAAUUUGCAAACUACAUCUGGAAACAGCAUUAACCCUAACCCCAGUGCUGUAUCCUCUCCUCUCCCAAUUCCCCUCCCCCUGCCACCCAUGGGUUUACAUGGAUCUCUGAAAGGUUUAAUUAGUCAGAGCCAGAACCCUCAAGUUGAACCACUUCUGUUUAAGAGUGGUUCCAAGGAAAAUGUUCAAGAGACUCAAAUCUGAAUGAGGCAGAGAGAGAGAGAGAGAGAGAGAAAAAGGCAGAAACAAAGAAAGAGAAAGAGAGAGAGAUAGAGAAAUAGAAUUGAUGGCCAUGCUUAUUUUAACCCUUGAUCAAUUUUUAUGGAGGUGAAGGUAUUUUCGUAGUACUGUAUUUUAAGUACUAGGUAGGAUUAUUGUCAAGGGUCAGACACUACGGUGUAUUGACAUCAUCAGAGGGAAAGAAAGGGAUACAAGAACAGAAUGUAGAGGGAUGAUAUCAAAAUAUACCCACUCCCAGGUGGACAAUACUGUACAUGUACAAUGUACUGAGCCAUGAAUUAACACUGGCACUUCUAAUGGAGUAAAUGUGUCUGUAUUAAUGAAUGGUAAUGGCAAUGAAGUACCUUACACAUACUACAACAGCAUAAAUCUGUGCCAAAGCAAAACUUUCCCUUCAUUAAUAUUUGUAAGAAUAUUAAAUCAACCAGAUAGUUUAAUCUCUAAGAGUUUGUUUGCCACAGCUGAGACACGCACAGUAUAGAACACUGCAGUUCAGAGACCUUACACCUUACAAUGCAGUCUCAUUAUAAUCCUGAUUCUACCAAGAUUAUAGUGAAAAUAAAACACUGUAGUGUGCAGUGGAACUCCAGAGAAAAAAAAAAGAUUUUUGGAGAAAAACCUGUGCCAUACAUUCAUUCUCUCUCCCUCGUAUACACUUAAAGGAGGGUUAUCUUUGCAAGGGGAUGAAGAAUUCGCGAAGACGCAAGAACUGGACAGAGAAAAAGACAAUUAAAGAAAACUGUGAAAAUGCAUACAAUAUAUAAAUAUAUUUUCAUUUGAAGAAAUAAAUUAUGAAACAUCUUUAACAAUACAGACUCACGGACACAAAUGUUAAAAGGUGUACGAGCGGGUAUUGUUUCAGCUGUUAUAAUUAUGAUUGAUUUAAAAACUCGUUUUUCUCUCUUGGUUUUGUGAAGACAGAAGGUGAGAGGAGGGGAGUGAGGCAGAAGCAGAAGAGAAAAGAUGCAAGAAUGAAUACUCGACGUAUAUUGGCAUUCAUUUUGGCCAUGCAAAAUAAUAGGAGUAGCCCGUUUCUCUCAUGCAAAUCCACAACAGGCUUCUUUUUUGGUUUCUUGAAUUGUUGCUACGAAGAGAUGGAGUGGGUGGUGUUUUAUGUUUGUGCUGGUAUACUUGUCACUGUGACAGCUGAAUGAGUUUGCAGCAAGCUUCACCCACUUACAUAUGAUUUGGGUGUUUAUGUCUACUACUGUUGCUAUUAUUACAGUUGAUAAUAAUAAUAAUAAUAAUAAUAACAAUAAUAAUGAGGACAACUGCAAUGAAUUGUAGCGUGCUGUUUAUACAGUUCAUGACUACCACAUUGAUAGAAAGUAUUGUUCCCAUUGCACCAAAUUGAUAUUUUGGCAAGGGAUUACAAAAGACAGCAUUAAACAUUAAUGAUGUUCUUUGCCUGUGUACUAAUAACAGCCAUAUGUGUGUCACUAUUAGCACUGGUUUAUGUUAAUGCAGGUGAUGGCCAUAUGUGUAACAUAAUAAUAUUACGCAUAAAUUGUGGCUAACAAGCUGGUACUGUGCAACCAUCUUGAUCUUUAAAAUUCUCUAAAAUGACUUCAUAUAAAUUUAAAUAAGAUUGUACCAUUCAAUUUACUUGUAUCUUGAAAUAUUUAAAAGCAUUAAUGUACAAAGAACAGUUGGAUAUCUCUACUUUUCUUGUUCAAUUGAACAUAUAACAUUUAGAGAACUGCACUUUUAUAAAUUCGGGUCAACCACACUGUUUUACAUGUUGUUUUUAUCAUGAUGACAAGACGAUGCACAUUAUAAUAAUGAAAAUAAUGAUGAUUAUGGUGGUGAUGACGAUGAUGGUUAUUAUUAUUAUUAUUAUUAUUAUUAUUAUUAUAACUUUUAUUAUUAUGUGACUCAUUAAAAAAUAGAAGAAUAGGAGGAUGACACAUAAAAAUGAGUGUAUUUCACAUAACCCUGAGAGUGAUCUGAUCUGCGAGUUAGUGUCUACAGGAAAGGAUAUCAAUGGUGACAAUCACACAGCCACAAAACAGCUACAAAGAAACGGACUGGACCUACAGAAACAGCGUUUGAAGACAACAAUGAUUCAUAUGUUGAAAUAAAGAAAGAAACAGCAGUGGGCUUUCUCCAGGUGGACAAAAAGCUUCCUCCUCAUGCUCCCCCUCUCUGUUUUGUACAACAAAGAACUUGACCUGUCAAGCCACCCUUUUCUUGCUUGUUUCAAACAAAAUAAAGCAGAUAGAAACACUGGUGGAUUACAGUGGGUCGUAACGAAACUUAAAUGCCACGUUAGUUUGAACUAAUGGAGUGAAAAGAAAAGCGGAAAGCGGGGGAAACUUUUUCACAUUUUCAAAAGGUAAGCGAUUCCGUUUAAUGAACGAGAUGGAAUUUGAGACAAGAUGGAUUGAAAUGGCAUUUGGCAAGUUUUUUAAAAGAAAAAAAAGGACAAUUAAAUGAAAAAAAUAUAGAAGCAGUUAUAGAAGAUUUCUUUUAAAAACAAACAAAAAUAUAACAAGUGUUUCUCAUUUUUGUGUUUAUCUAGUUCCAUUUUUUCUUUUUUUAAAAUUAAGUGUUGUUAUCUCAAUUGUAAUAUUGUUAUUGUUAUUAUUAUUAAUAUUAUUAUGGUUAUUAUUACAAAAAAUGUUCUGUUAGCAGAUGUCACUUCAAAAUUGAAAAUCUGGCACACAAAGUGGUGGACGUACUCUGUGAAGCAAGAAGUGGCAGUUAGAAGUUUCAGUAUUAUUGAAAUAUCACAUUUCCUAACUUCAACCACCUAUACUUUGAAUAAACACAUAUGAAUGUCUACUGACAAUUUAGAAUCCUUUCCUGCAUAAAAUAUGGCAAGUGAGCUAGUGGUAGUCACCCUGCUGUCUCCUGUUGAAUUAUUCUUAAUAUCAUAGAUCUGUUUGUGGUGCUACGCAAUACCAACACCUUUCCAACAGAAAUCUGGCCCUAUAUCUGUAGCAGCACAUCUUAAUACCAGUUGCACAUUGCUGCAUCGUGGUUACUCUGAAAUUUCUGUUUUAUCACUUGAAAAGAUACAACUUGUUCUUUCAAGGAAUGAAAAUAUGUAAAAAUGGUGUCCAAAGUAUUUCUUUCAAUGACAGUAUUUCUGUAGCAGGACUUUGCAAUGAUAUUUUCACUGAGACCUGUCAGUUAACUUUAGGACUUGAUUAAUUUGGUUGAAGAAAAAGAUAAAGACUGUAAAUGCACCCAGAAACCUUUCCGUAUGGACACUUGCUGUGCAGUAAAGGGUUUGAUUGCCAUUGUUUCAUUAAGUUAUAUGAAUUUUGGAAAGAAUUACAUACAUUUCUUGGUUUGUAGAACAGUGAUGAAGAUUAAUUCAGUAUUAUCAUUAUUUCAAAUGCCAUGUAAUUGCUGAGAGCUUGAUUUGUUUUGAUUGCUUCUCUUUUUUUGUUUGUUUUCUUUCAUUUUUUUUCUAUGUGUAAGAGAAGGUAAAGAGAUGGAAGUAUCACUAUCAUUGACUACCAGUCUGUAACAGUGCAGUAGGUUUUAAUCGGCUACAAGCACUUGUAUAUCCAUUUAACUGAACAUAUCAUUGGCAGUACUUGAACUAUUUAAGUUUUCCCUUGCAUUGUGCUCCCGCAUUCCUCACUGGGUUACAAGUCAUCCCAAUUGUCUAAUUCUCCUCUGCUUAAACCUUGCCCUUUGUGGAGGCGGAGCCCUCGUGUUCCAUGGACUUUGUUUCAACUGUGCACUUUGCUGCUUAACUGAACCCUUAAUUAAUCUGAGACUUUACUUAAUUAGAGCUUUUCAUUAUUUAAGUCGUGAAUGAUAUUGGAUAUUUCAAGCUACUCGGCUCAGAGGCUCACCGCCUGCUCCCAUUACCUAAAACCAAACAUUAAAGUUCAUUCACAGUUUAAGCAAUGUAGGCAGCGACAAAGAGAACCAGGGUCAGAGUGAUAUGGGGGCAGUACAUAGGUAGGGGGCAGUGUAUGCGAUAAUUCAGUGUGAUGACCUGCUGUAUAACGUGCCUGAGCAAGAUCACCAGAAAUAAUUUUAUUCAUCAUGAAAUAUCAUAGGACAUCAGAUAAGGUACGGUCAAAGCUCUCUGGAUGUAAAGUAAAACUAACCAUGUGCCAACAUCAACUUGUUUUUUUGGUGAAAUCAUCCUUUUCUAGGGAGUAGAAAUUCAGAAAAUGAAAACAAAGAGCAGGAAGUUUUUUGUUGUUGUUUUUGCUGUAUGAGAGCCUUCUGCAGCUUGUAGCUAACAACUGACACUCAUUUUCUUGCUACUAAGUAGACUGCUGCUUCCUUCUGAAUGAGGUGAAUCCACACUGACUCAUGGCAGGAACAUGUUGGGAAAUGUAUGUGUGUGUGCAUGUGUGUCUGUCUGUCUGUCUGUGCGUGUGGUGCGUGCGUAUGUGUGUCAGUGUGUGCAUGCAUGCAAUUCAUACUUGUAUUUUCGUUACUGAAAAUAUGUUAUACAUCGUGCAGCUUAUGCACUGUGCAAUUAUUCAACUGUGGUUUUUUUGUUGAUCAGUUGCUUGAAUUGGAGAUAAAUUGCCUUCUUUCUCAAUGUGCAAAUAUGUACCAAGCUUAAAAAUCUUUGCACAUUUUUAUGAAACAUAGUCUACCUUGUAGUAUAUUCAAGAAAUUCAGUUCCAAGGUUACAAAUGACUACAAAUAUAAACAAAUCAUACCACAGAAACUAACAGUUUGGGCUUUGGAUGUGUAAUAAGCUUUGUUGGAGGUGAGAGACAUCGUGCUGCUCAUUGUCUUGCUGUUUGCCGUUUCAUACUUAUUAUGCAUCUUUUGCUCAAGUAAUGAUAUUACGAAAAUAUAAAGAGGCAUCUUUGUACAACAGAGAACAACUUGUUUAAUACCCAGGCCAGAGUAUAGAUUCUUGUGAUUUGUGGAAAGCAAUUCCUGCAUCACAUUUGAAAUUAUGUUAUGCUGAUGUUUACUUACUGCCAUUAAACUUUUUAUUGUACUUCAAAAAUACAACUCGAUAGACUAUUAAGUUAAUAGAUGUAAUUUGUAACUUCCAAAUACAAACGGCAAUGAAGCAUACUCAGGAUAUGUCCUUAUGUCCAAAAGCGAAAAUAUAGUGUUCUGGAGCUUUCUAGAGUGUUUUAGAAUAUUAAGAAUGAUUUCAAAAUCUAUUUGGUCUCUACCUGUUCAGUGUUACUUUAUACAUAUGUACAUCCUCUAUACUGCCCUCCAAUGAUGUAUGUACCACUGGAAAAUUUGUAUAUUAAUUUCUAGUAAACCACCAUUUUCUACUGCAUAAUAUUCCUCUACGACUAGCUGUUACAGUAUUUAAGAUUUGACUUUGGUUUUACUGAAGCAGCACCAGCACAAAUAAUUCCACACAAUGAACUGGGAUGUGCAUGCUGUGAGCUGCUGUGUGUAUUAUUUGAAGGGCAGUCUUAAAUUUCCAAGAAUGCUUUGCCUCAGAAUGUCAGAUGACUAUAUCAUGUAAUGACUCAAUAAACCCAAGAAGGAAGUCGAUGUUCCUGGAAGUUGGAGAGGAUCAUGUGCCACCUUGGCAGGACAGACAGCUAUUGGGGUCUUCUGCACUGGUGGCUGUACAGGUGAUAUUUUACUGGUUGAGCCAAAAAAUAGAUGUCCAAAAAAAAGUAAAUGCAAAAAAAAAAAAAAAAAAAAAAUCCAGGGCAUGUAGGCAUUUUAAUGGCAAGCGCUUUCA